CCAGCUCCAGCAGAGGCUCUGAGGCCAGUGUCCGGCUCAUCCUACGGCCCACUGGGAGGAUCACGAAGCUACAAAGGCUGUCCAUCCUAGGACACAUGAGGUGCUGCUUCUUGGGCUCCUUCCACCAGGACGAUGAGAAGAAGGGACGGGCCGGCUAUUGGAAGGGCUGCUCAGGGGAACACCAGGGGGCAGCCAGACAGAAGAAGACUGGAAAGAAAGGUCAGGGUCAAGGUUACCACAAAACCAGAGCCCAGCACCCAGGGUACGCAGGUCUGAUCAGCCAGGGUGCCACCUGCUACCUGAACAGCAUCCUGCAGUGUCUCUUCUUCACGCAGGAGCUCCAGGACGCUGUCCGCAGAUGCGAGGACCAGGGGGAGUCCAGCCUCGUCACACAGCUGCGCAGGCUCUUUGAGGCCCUGGAGGAGUCCCAGGCACCCGUGUCCACCACCGCCAUCACCCGCUGCCUGGGGCUCAGGAAUGUGCACCGCCAGGAGGAUGCCCUGCUGUGCUUCCACAUGCUGUUGACCAGGAUGACUGCUGAGCAGAGGGAGCUGGGGCAGCUGUUCCAGAUGACCCUGGAGCAAGUCACCCAGUGCCAGCGCUGUGAGACCAAGACGGGGCUGGAGGAAGCCCGGCUCUUCCUCGUGGUGCCUGUCCCGCAGGGACCCGCAGGCACCCCGUGCUCCAUGGACAAGGCUGUGAAGGGGCUGUUCCAGAAGCAGUGGUUCACGGGGGACAACCAGUACUUCUGUGACGAGUGUGACCGUAAAGAGGACUCCUGCUCGGGGGAGCAGUCAUCACCUGGGCAGGCCCUGCUAGGAGCUGGCCGAGCACGACCAUAG